AUGUUCAAGUCCUCGUCCGUGGACCCCGGCUCAGUAGCCAGCGUUACGAUUGGAACAACACACUUUGUGAACGCAGUGAUAACCCGCGACUCAAGUCGGCUAUCAUCAGUUGCCGUACUACGUCUAUCGGGACCAUUCAGCAAGCAUGCACCGCCUUGCGUCGAUUGGCCGGCUCCUCUAAAGAAAAUCAUACUGGCACACUACGCCUUGAUCAAAGGCGGCCUGGAAGUUGAUGGCAAUCUCAUCUCUGAUAUCGAAGAGCAUGAAAUCGUGGAGCAGUGCAGGAUCAUAAAAGAGAAGGGCAUUAAGAGCAUCGUUGUCAAUAGCGUGUUCAGCCCGAUUGACACAGUAGAAAAGCAGGAAGAGCGCGCAGCCGAGAUCAUCAAGCGAGAGCUCGGUGAACAAGUCGAAGUUGUGCUCAGCAAGACUGUCGCAAGUCUUGGCUUUUUGGAAAGAGAGAACGCCGCGAUCCUGAAUGCUUCGAUCCUGUCUUUCGCGCGCAAGACCAUUGCGUCUUUCCAAUCUCCCAUCAGGAAGCUUGGGUUGAAUUGUCCAGUGUUCAUCGCGCAGAACGACGGCACCAUUCUCAGUGGCGAAGCAGCAAGUCAGUUACCAAUCCGUACAUUCUCCUCGGGGCCCACCAACAGCAUGCGUGGUGCUGCGUUUUUAGUCGGGAAACAGGAGCAUAGCGAGGCGAUGAUGGUGGUUGAUGUAGGAGGUACAACAACAGAUGUUGGCCUACUACUUGCCAACGGGUUUCCACGCCAACAAGCAGCCUACUCAGAGCUCUCUGGUGUAAGGAUGAAUUUCUCAUGUCCGGAUGUGAAGAGCAUAGGUCUCGGAGGCGGUAGCCUGGUCAGAAAGAUUGGAGACCAACUGCAAGUUGGGCCCGAGUCAGUGGGCUACAAACUAUCGGAGAAAGCGUUGGUCUUCGGCGGAGACGUACCAACCGCCACAGACUACACCGUAGCAAGCUCGUCCGAUAUCUCGAUAGGCACACCAGAAAAGGUGCGAGGCAGGCUCAACGACAACGACAUUGCAGCCUUCAAGAGGGAGACGAAGGACAUGCUGGAGCGCAUUGUCGACACUAUGAAGACAUCGCCGGAAGACAUACCUGUACUGCUCGUUGGAGGUGGUGCCGUGGUGGCGCCAGACAGCCUGAAGGGUGCGAGCCGCGUCGUAAAGCCAAAGUGGUCAGGCGUAGCGAACGCGAUUGGUGCUGCCAUGGCACGAGUUAGCGCUGUUGUAGACACUGUGAAAUCCACGGAGAAGCAGACCGAAAAGGAACUCCUAGCGGAAGUCGAAAAAGAUGCAAAACAGCGGGCUAUUGAUGCAGGCGCACAUAUCGAAUCGGUCGAGAUUGUGGAAGUUGAAUCGUUGCCGCUGCAGUAUGUAGCGAACAAGACGCGUUUCAUCGUCAGAGCAGCUGGAGAUUUCGACUUUUCUCGGUCGCAAGAUUUUACGGACCUCCAUGUCGCCAAAGCAGAGGAUGAUGCGGAAACAGACUCGGAUUUUUUACAGAGCACAGGUGCGCCAGCAUCGACAGAAGACACCGCAGACAAAGACGAUACAACUAGUACGGUUGAUAUCGUGGCUUACAAGCCCAAGGUCAUCAACCGUGAAUGGUUGAUCUCAGAGACCGACCUUGAUUGGAUCACUAUAGGCUGCUAUAUCUUGGGCACUGGAGGCGGUGGCUCACCGUACUCCACGAUGCUGCGAGUGCGCGGUAUUCUGCGAGCUGGCGGCAUCAUAAGAGUCAUCAGCCCUGACAAUCUUAAAGAUGAAGAUCGAGUCGGCUGUGGCGGCGGUGCAGGAAGUCCGACUGUAGGCAUCGAAAAGCUGUCCGCUGAUGAGAUGAUGGAUGCUCAGAACUGUCUGCAAGAGCUCUUCAAGGGCGGCCGCGCAACACAUGUGAUCCCUCUUGAGAUUGGCGGCUCGAAUGGCCUUCAGGGACUCGUCCUAGGCGCAUCGUCGAACAUGAAUGUUCCUUGUGUCGAUGGCGACUGGAUGGGACGUGCCUACCCAACAAAGUGGCAGACCACACCCGUUGUGUUUGGGGAGCGGGAGAUCGUCUUUGCCCCGGUAUGCGUUGCUGACGGUAACGGCAACACACUUUACCUGCCCACAGCGAAAAGUGACUUGAAGGUCGAACAAAUCAUAAGGUCAGCUCUGAGUCAGAUGGGGAGCUCUGUCGGUGUUGCUGAUGCCCCAGUCACGGGUGACGAGACAAGACGCUGGGCAGUCGAGCACACGAUAUCCCUCUCAUGGCGAAUAGGCCGAGAAGUUGCACGCGCAAGGGAAGAUAACAGAAUUGACAACGUCGCUGAGUCCAUCAUUGACGCUGUAGGCGGACCAGAAACAGGUCGCGUCCUUUUCAAGGGCAAGAUCGUCAGCGUUGAGCGCAAGCUCUGGAAUGGCCACGUCUACGGCGAAGUCGUUAUCGAAGGUACCGGGCCUCAAUACUCUGGCAGGGUCAAGAUUCCCUUCAAAAAUGAGAACAUCGCUGCUAUCCGCAUGCACGACGGCGAAGAAGUCAAGACUGGCAAGGAACGCAAUGAAGAUGUGCUUGCUAUCGUGCCGGACUUAGUGUCGGUUAUUGAUGCGCAAAAUGGCGAGGCUAUCGGGACACCAGAAUAUAGGUAUGGUUUGCUGGUCUUGGUGAUUGGCAUCACUGCUAGUGAACGAUGGACGAGUCCGAAGGGUGUCGAGAUAGGAGGCCCGAAUGCCUUCGGUCUGAAUCAUCUCGAGUACAAACCGUUGGGCAAGUUUGUGAAACCAGUCAGCGUGAUUGACGAGUACGAAGACAAGGCAUGA